GUCGAUCGUACAAAACAGUUUAUAUACCCGAGUGAUUCACACCGUAGUUCCCGGUAGUAACGAAAUUCCCGUUUGAUUCCCUAGCGGUAGUAACAUCUCUUUCGCUAUCAGCAAUGUCGUGGUAUUAUGUGCCAAAACCGACCGUGUAUCCGGCGGAAGUGUUCAACCCAUCCGAGGACGCAGCCGCACUGCGUAAAGCGAUGAAGGGUUUCGGAACGAAUGAGCAGGCAAUCAUUGACAUACUUUGCUCGCACAGUAACCAGCAACGCCAGCAAAUUUCGGAAGCGUUUCAACGCGACCUGGGUCGUGAUCUACUGAAAGACCUAAAGUCAGAGUUGAGCGGAAAGUUUGAGGACGUUAUCGUUGGACUAAUGAUGCCACCGGUGAACUACCUCUGCAAACAGCUCUACAAAGCGAUGGACGGUAUCGGGACGGAUGAGCAGACACUAAUCGAGAUACUGUGCUCGCAGGACAACGAACAGAUGCACCAGAUCGCCUACACGUACGAAGAAAUGUACAACCGACCGUUGGCUGAACACGUCUGCUCGGAAACGUCCGGUAGCUUCAGGCGCCUGCUAACCCUUAUCAUUACCGGUACGCGAGAAGCGAACGAAAUGUGCAAUCCGGAGCUUGCCGUCGAACAGGCGAAGAGCCUGUACAAUGCCGGGGAAGGAAAGUGGGGCACGGACGAGGCAACGUUUUACAAGAUUCUGGCCCACGCCUCCUUUGCCCAGCUGGAGAUUGUGUUCGAAGAGUACAAGAAACUUACCGGCCGUACCAUCGAGCAGGCGCUGAAGGCCGAGGUUAGUGGUGACUUCUACGAAGCACUGAGCGCGAUCGUCGAGUGUGUCCAGAUGGCGCCCCACUUUUUUGCCAAGAAGCUGUUCUUAGCUAUGGACGGUCUCGGCACGGACGAUAAAACACUGAUUCGCAUCAUCAUCAGCCGGGCGGAGAUCGAUCUGCAAAACAUCAAGGAUGAGUUUGAGCAGAUGUACAACAAAACACUGCUCAGCAUGGUAAAGAACGAAACGUCCGGUGACUACAAGCGUGUACUUUGUGCGCUGAUUGGAGGGGCAUAAUGCAACACCAAUCCACGAAACUGCAUUACUAUAAAUUAAGCAACAACA